CCUCCCGCCCCUCCGCCUACUCCAGCCUCCGCCGCCUCAGCUUUCCGAGCGAGCCCUGCGGCCGCCGGAGCAGCUCCCGCGGCGGAGCCGGAGCCGGAUGGUCAGAGGAGCCCGGCAGCAGCAGCAGCCGCGGAGUCGCCUGGUCCCCAGACUGAGUGGCACAGUGGAGAAACCACCUCGAAAACGGAAAAGCAGGACUGAAUUUGCUCUUAAAGAAAUCAUGUCCUCUGGAGGUGCUGAAGAUGACAUCCCACAGGGAGAGAGGAAGACGGUUACAGAUUUUUGUUACCUCCUGGAUAAAUCUAAACAGCUGUUCAAUGGGUUAAGAGAUUUGCCACAAUAUGGACAGAAGCAGUGGCAGUCCUAUUUUGGAAGAACUUUUGAUGUUUAUACCAAACUCUGGAAGUUCCAGCAGCAGCAUCGACAAGUCCUCGAUAAUCGAUAUGGAUUGAAGCGGUGGCAAAUAGGGGAAAUUGCUUCCAAAAUUGGUCAGCUGUACUACCAUUAUUACCUACGCACAUCUGAGACCAGCUAUCUGAAUGAGGCCUUCUCCUUUUAUUCUGCAAUCAGACAGAGAUCAUAUUAUUCUCAAGUGAAUAAAGAGGACAGGCCUGAGUUGGUAGUUAAGAAGCUACGAUACUAUGCAAGAUUUAUAGUAGUUUGUCUUCUUCUCAACAAAAUGGAUGUUGUGAAGGAUCUUGUAAAGGAACUGUCAGAUGAAAUUGAAGAUUAUACUCACCGCUUUAAUACUGAAGAUCAAGUAGAGUGGAACUUGGUGCUUCAAGAAGUGGCAGCUUUCAUCGAGGCGGACCCCGUCAUGGUAUUAAAUGAUGAUAAUACCAUUGUUAUCACAUCUAAUCGCCUUGCUGAAACAGGAGCCCCAUUGCUGGAACAGGGCAUGAUUGUGGGACAGCUGUCUCUGGCUGAUGCACUCAUUAUUGGUAAUUGUAAUAAUCAGGUUAAAUUCAGUGAACUAACUGUUGACAUGUUCCGGAUGUUACAAGCUCUGGAAAGGGAGCCAAUGAAUUUAGCUUCCCAGAUGAAUAAACCAGGAAUGCAGGAAUCAGCUGACAAGCCUACCAGACGAGAAAACCCCCACAAGUAUCUGCUCUAUAAACCAACCUUCAGCCAACUAUACACAUUCUUAGCAGCAUCUUUUAAGGAGCUGCCUGCCAAUAGCGUGCUUCUGAUUUACCUGUCAGCCACUGGCGUUUUCCCCACAGGUCGUUCUGAUAGUGAAGGUCCUUAUGAUUUUGGAGGUGUACUUACUAACAGUAACCGGGAUAUUAUAAAUGGAGAUGCCAUACACAAACGUAAUCAGUCUCACAAGGAAAUGCACUGCCUUCAUCCUGGCGAUCUCUAUCCUUUCACAAGGAAGCCCCUGUUUAUCAUUGUGGAUUCAUCCAAUAGUGUUGCCUAUAAGAAUUUCACAAACUUAUUUGGUCAGCCACUAGUCUGCUUGCUUUCUCCUACAGCAUAUCCAAAAGCUUUACAAGAUCAGUCUCAACGAGGUAGUCUCUUCACUCUCUUUUUGAACAAUCCUCUCAUGGCCUUCCUGUUUGUCUCUGGAUUGUCAAGCAUGCGUAGAGGCCUAUGGGAAAAGUGUCAAGAAUAUCUUCGAAAAAUCAACCGAGAUAUUGCUCAGCUACUGACUCAUUCACGUUCAAUAGAUCAGGCAUUUCUUCAGUUUUUUGGAGAUGAAUUUCUUCGCUUGCUUCUCACAAGAUUUAUCUUUUGUUCAGCCACCAUGAGGAUGCACAAGAUUUUUCGGGAAACACGAAAUUAUCCAGAAACAUAUCCGCAACUGCCGAGGGAUGAAACAGUGGAGAACCCUCUUCUCCAGAAGCACAUUUUGGAAUUAGCAUCCAUUCUGGAUGUUCGAAACGUGUUCCUUGAGAAUACCAUAGAUGACUAUUAAAACAAAAACCCACUUAUUGAAAUAAUUUUUCAUUUGCCACAGAUUUUAAAUGGUGCAGUUUUCUAAUGUAAUGACAGACACAUAGUGGUGUUACUGAGUUUUUAUUUUUUAAUUUAGGAUCACCAUUUUAAAGAUAAACUGAAAAUAAUUGUUCAAACUUUUAGGGUAACUGUUUUAAAAUACAGUCUUUCAGGUCUUUUAAAAAAAAAACUAGAUUAAUCUUAGAAUUUUUAAAUUUUGGCUUUGAGUUAUAGAUACCUACCUUUAACAUCUAAUCUUACACUUAAAGAGUCACUGUUCUCACCCUGAGAAGAGUUAAAUCAUUUAUUUUUGUAUAAUGAAGAAAAUCCAACUCUUAUACUUUGAUCUUAAAUGUCUGGAUUUGGAAAAUAUAUAAUUAGAAUGAAACUAGCCAGCAUGGACUACUGAAAAUCAAGAACAGGGUCCUUCCAUAAUCUCUUUUCAUUCCGAGUUAGUUGGUAGAAAAAUUAUGAUUCAUUGACACAUGAUCAAGGCAGUUCCUGAAAUCAUUCAGUCCUUUUAAAUACUGUCAAAAUUUCAGAAACUGUAUAGGAUUGAUUUGCAUCUGAAAACUAAAUCUUUAAUUGGGAGGUUGAGAUGAUAAAUAUUAUUUGGAAUAUGUGAGUCCUGUGUUAUCAUAAGAUACGUGUUUAUAUUUUGCUUCCUUUGUGGUCUUUGAAUGCUGGACAUUAACAACCUUGAAAUAUUUCCAUCAAAAAUAUCAAGCUUUGGUUUCAUAAUACAAUGUGUACAAUAAGAAAUCUAAAUUUUUAAUACAUGAAAUCAAGUGUAAAGACUGGGUUGAUGACCAUGACAUACAGUACAGAGUUGGUAAUCUUUUUGUCUAGUUCAAAUAUAUGAGACUUCAAAAGUCAGAGAUGUUUUUCACUGUAGUUGAGGGCGACUAUUACGAAACCCAAAAGGAAGUUGUUUUUGCAUUUACAAUUUAAGAAGAAGGUUUUUCAAAACUUCCAUGUAUUUAAUGUAUUCAUGUACAACUUUUUUUUAAUGUAUAACGUAAAGAUUUUUGUUUUUCUUCCCUGUCAUCCCCUUUGUAUUUUCACCAGAAUUAGUUAUGAAGGUUUUUUUCCCCUCUUCUCUUUUGAUUCCAUGCCAUUGAAGUUCAGAAAUCUAUGAAUCAAAAGGCUUUGCACCUAAUUUUCUGUACAGGCUCGCAGUCUACCUCUGGCAAUCCCAGGGGAAAUGGGGUGAUUGCUUUUGGUGCCUCUUUCCUGUGUCCCUAGGGAAGUUUUACUGUAAUAUUUUUUAAUUGUUUUUAAGUUCUGGCGGAGAGAAUUGUUUGGAUCUGAAUUAUUCAUGUACCUGUUCCAAUUUGCUGAUUUUUUCAUCAGAAGCCUUGAAGUUAUUGUUCUUGGGUUUGGAGAGCUUUGGAGUUUUUGUUUAAUUUUGUAUUAUUUUGUUUAUUCUUUGGAGCAAUAUUGCAGGAAGUAUGGGGAAAGUUACCCUGGAGAGAGAUUUCCUUUGUUAGUGGAUUUUUUUUUUCCAGAUAAAAACAGCUUUUCUUUCAGUAACUUAAUAAACUUCAUAGCUUUCCUUUCAUAACAGUGUCACAUAGAGUACAGCAAUAGUCUGUCAUUAAGUGUCUGGUUUCUUGUUGCAAUUCCCCUGAAGUUCUGUGACAGUAAUGUCCCUAGCAGCAUAUAUUUUUCUGUUCUCCGAAGCUGAAAAUAAUAUUUAUUGCUCUGAGCGUUAUCCUCAUCAGAACACUGGGCUGGAACUAGGAGACCUGAGUAUUCUUCCGGCUUUCCUGGGAACUAGCUUUAUGCCCUUUGACAACUAUCUUAAUAUCUCUGCUUUUUAAUACUCUCAUCUGUAAAAUGAGGGCCUGGCCAAGAUCCCUUCCAACUCUAUGGUUAUGUAAUUUAAGUUCUUGGUUCCAAAAGAUGUUGAUGUCCCCACCCAUACCACAAGGAAAACUAGUUUCCCUGGUUUUACAACAUUGUCUGUUCCAGAUUAUAUUUACCUAGCUAGUUGUAGAAACUAAUUCAGAGAGAGACUCUCCUGAAGAAACAAGAGCUUUUGUGAUUAGAAACAUGUUUGCCCAAGGACAAGAGGUCUUAGAAAUCACAACUAGGAUUUAGAUGAUGACAUUUCUCCUUGAGGUAAUAGUAGUGUAAUCCCUUACUGGUAGUUAAAAAUUAAAGUGAUUUCGAAUCUUCAAAGAAAAAAAAAAAAUGUGUAUUUAACAACCACUGUACUCCAGAUCUUGUUCUAGGCACUGGAGAAGCAAAACAAAAAGUCAAAAAAUUCCUGUCUUCGAAAAGCUUACAUUCUAGUAAAAGGAGUCAGGAAGUAAACAUAAUAAGUAAGUGAAUUUAUGUUACAAAAUGAUAAAUACUAUGGGGAAAAGUUGAGAGUUCAGUAAGGGAUUUUUUUGUUUUUGUUUUGAGGGAACAGUGUUUAAAAGAAUGAUCAGGUUAGGUCUCAUUGAGAAGGUGACAUUUCUUUUUUCCUUUUUUUUUUACUUUUAUUGUGAAAGUUUUUAAACAUACACAGAGUAUAAUGUACCCUCAUGUACCGAUCACCCAGCUUCUACAUUUUAAAGCAUUACUUCAAUCAAGGAAAAAGAAAUGUAAAGGGCCAAUACCAAUGAGCUUAAGGUGGCAGUGGCAAAGAAUUUUAUUUUUUAAAUGCAUACUACCCGUGUAUAAAUAUAAAAAUUUUAAGCCCUUAUUUAUUGUUAGAAUUGAUAGAAAUCUAAAUAUCGGAACUAAGAACUGAGUGAUGGGAAAAGAGCACUUCGUUUUCAAAUUGUACAAACUCCCCCUGGAGAUUCUGAUACAGUCUUUCUCCUCCCUUAACAAUCACUGUAGACAAAAUAGAAAGAUUGCAAAAGUCAGCUGUACACAAAAUUAAGCACAGUGGAAUUAUUUACUCUCUUAUUAUCCAUAUAGUUCUGAAGUUGGUAAAGCAACUAUUUUCCCUGUUUUACAGAAGAGAAAACUGAGACUCAAAAGAGCUGUCAAUUUAUACAUAGUGAUAGAGCUAGAAAUAAAACUCAAAUCUCCUUAAUUUCAGCCCAGUCUUUCUGAUAGCUCAAGUUGCUUUCAGUAAUGGACAAGAAAGAAUGAAUUAGAGAUAUAUAUUGUGGCACAAAAUGCUAUGGUAUUUUUUUUAAUAUGUCAGAUAUUGAAACCAGCAAAUCAAUCAGCGCUAGCAACCUUAAUUCCUAAAAAUCCAAAAGUCAGACAUUUUAUCUUUGAGUUUAGCCAGUAUAUAUUUUUUGUAUAUUUUCCUCCUAGAAAGUGGUGCUCUUAAAAUCUCUCAAAGCACAUAGAAUUUAUUGUACCCUUUAUAUUUUUACCAACUUGAAAUGUUUUGAGAUUAUAGAAGCAAAGUGCAAUCCAAUUAUGAGUUAAGGUUUUCCUAAUAUGGACUCUGGGUUUCCCCCCCCCCCCCCUUGUUACUACUUCCCUUUAUUUUCUUCUUGCAAUAGAAUUUCCUGAAACAGAUUAGGCAAUUGUACUGAAUUUAGGUAAAGAGAAAAGCAGAAAAUAUGGCUUGUGUAUCAAUUACAGAGCUUUCUUUAUCAUCCUUCUCCAACUCCAAGUUUAACCUCUGACGUGUGUGACUUUAGCUACUUUCUGUCUCUGAGAAGGAGUUUGAACUCCAUUGAAAAAAACUGGUACUUAAUUAUCCAUGGAGACUUGUAGUCAGCCCAAUAUACAGAGAACAUUCUGGACUAGAAAUAUAGUAAAGUGCCAAGGUCUGCAAAUGCGGCCACUGCCAUUGUUCAGAACCACCCCCCACACUAAGUGAGCAAAAUGACUUGAUAUGAAUAUGAAUGGUAUUAUGAGUCUCUUGGUGAUAAUAUUUUUGGUGUACUGUAUAUGUUUCUGUGGGUUUGUUUGGAGAGUAUAAAGGAUAUUUACAUUAAGGUUCUUUUUGUUGACCUUAUUUAUUUGAAAUUCUUAUUUGUAAUGGCAUGUGUAUAUUUUUGUGAUGCUAAAUGCAAUCUCUGAGUAAACUUUUUGUACAUACAUAUGUAUAUAUUUGUAAAUAUAUUGGUAUGCAAUGUUAUAGUAUGUGUAUAUUAUAUACCCAUACCCAUUGUGGGCUGAAUUUAUUUAAGUUCUGUGAGGACAUCAUAGUGGCAUUGUUCAUGCUGCUCUAAUUAGGUUGUGGCAGAAUCUCAAUCAUAAGCCUCUAUUUUCAGGGGCUUGUAUUUGGGUAAAAUGGGCUGAUUUGGUGUUGAAAUUAGGAUAUGAAGAGCUUAACAGAAAGCUGGAUGUUCAUGGUUUUUAAAAUCAUCUGCAAAUUUCCAUUUAAACUGAUGAUAAAUUAGUGAUAGAAACGUGAAAAACCUAAGUAUGUGAAAGUGAGACACCAGCAGGUUCUUAAACUAUAUUAGUCCUUUAUUUUCUUGACUCAUGGUCGUGUAUUAUUUUGUACUCAGCACAUUCUUUAUAUUGGGACUUAAUCAAGGGACUGUGGAAAAAAAUUACUUUGAUCACAUUUCAAAAUAUAUAGGAAAAUAUCCUUUAAAUGGGUAAAAUAUAUUCCUAUUUGCCAUUUCAGUACAUGAUAUUAAAUUUUAAUUUUCUAACAAUUUUUUUCAUCAGUGUGCCUCUUUUAUAUGUCUCUGUGAGGCAGAAAAAGGGGAAUAGCUAGGGGGAUACUUAACCUAGUGGGGUGGGAGUUAACAUGGAAUGAGAACCAGGAGGUUGUUAUCUGCAGCAGCUGUAAUUAAUUUAGCCCUGUUUGGCUUUUCUAACAUAGAUUUUUCUUAUUGGAGUUUCACAUCAAAGAUGGGUGUGCUCAUCUGAGAAAAUACUUCCCGUGAAUAAAAUGCCUCCAGUUGUAUUGCUGUGUCUCUAUGAGACCACUUGUGUUCUGCAAUUUGAUUACAUGUUCGCACAUGAAGUAAAAUUCUUAAUAUUAGGUGCAUGGUGGCUUGCUAUAAAAUCUGGGCCUUCAGUUCUCUACUAAUGAUUUGGGAAAGGGGGGAAGGAAAAGGGUAGUAAAUAUAUGCAGUACCAACUUGUGAACCUAUGGAAUAUGGAAGAGUAUCAAUGCUCGGUUACUCCUGUCUUCUUUUGGCAUGUUUAUUUGCAUGAAAGAGUGUCAGAGAAGUUGAAUAUACGUUUGGAUACAUUCAUUGCAGAAAUUAACCUGGAGAUUAUUUCUGCAUGAUAAAAUAUAACUGCAGAGCAGCUUUUUGCCCCAUUAUUCUCCAGAAGGUUAAAUCUAUGUGAUUCAACGUUAAAUUAUCUUAAAGAAAGAAGUUAGGUUCAGGAGUCAGUUUUACCACCGAAAAUGUUACAUUCGCAUCUUCGCUUUUUUUUUUUUUUCGACAGAACAUCCAACUAUCCAUCAUAUUUUUCAACUAUAGUAGUGAAUUUAAAGUAAAAUUAUAAUAACGUUUUUCUUAAAUGUUAAAACUUGAUAAACUAUAUUUCUGAAAAAAUCGGUUAAAAUGUCCAUAGUAGUGGAUAUUUUUAGUAACAGGAUUGCUUAUUGCAAUUGGAUAGUAGCAGAGCACAUGUUACGCUAUUUAAAAAUCAUGGAUCUGCAGCAGGCUCAAUGUGCACAUUAAUAUGAGGAGAGUAGAAGCAAUAUGAAGCUAUGGUAGCGCAGUGGUUAAGAGCUCUGCUGCUAAACAAAAGAUCAGCAGUUCAGUCCACCAGCUGCUCCUUGGAAACCCUAUGGGGCAGUUCUACCCUGUCCUAUAAGGUUGCUUGUGAGUCAGUCUACUAGACUGCAAUAUGUUUUUUUUAGAAGCAGUAUAAAGUACAGUAGAUAAUACUGACAUUGUAAAUUGACCUCUGACCCUAACAAUUGUAAAGCCAGUUACCUUGCAGUGAAACAAGAAUUGCUUAGAAAACCAGGCUUUUACCCCUUUAUUAUAUUUUCCUGCAGUCUUAUACAUUGAUAGUUUAUAUAUACUUAUUUGUGUCUCCCAGUCUUUCCUGGAUACUGUGACUGCUUUGCCUUUUUUUUUUUUUCUUUUCUUUUAAACAAUUCAUCUUCCCCAAACUAGGAUUUUAAAACACAUUACACUAUGUCCCAGCUUCACUAACUUUAGAGACUUAUUUAAGCAUUAUGUUGAAGAAAAGAUAAUUGAUGUGUGAAUGGAAUAAAUCACCUACUGAAGGGAAGGAUGUCAGGAUGAUGUAGGGGUGAAGCUAAAUGUAUUAACUUCAGUAUAAUUACUUUGUUGGUGACAUAGAAAUAUUUCCUUUGGAAUCCUGUAGAUUACAAAAUUCUUUUUAAAGCUGAGAUUGCUGUUUUUCACUUACUAGUUUGGUAUAAUAUUGACUUGAGAAGAAUUCUGUUUCUUCUUAACAUAAUCACUUGAUUGAAACAUUUCUUAAUUUUAAAAUAUUUUGUUAAUUUCUUUUGAGGUUUUAAAAUUAGUUAUCAAACUACUCUAACCAGUGUGAUUUUUAACAUAUUUGAACUGUAGAUUCAGAGUUCUUUAAUAGUUUGAAGUAUAUUAAUUACCCAGUCCAGAUUUAUUUGGUCAAGUCUAAAUCUGGUCAUAGAACAGACAGUAAGCUGGGAAUAUUUCUCCUAUUCAGUGGACAAUUCUAGUCUAUAUCCUAAGACAAUCAUCUUUUUAGGUGUGACUAAUUGCUUAUUGAAAUAUUGGUGAUUUCAGGGUUUAGAUUUGUUACUUUUCUGAUAGGCUUAUGAAAUGAAAGUUAAUAGACUGAGUAAUCAUAUCAGUUCAGACUGAUAAAAGGAAUUGUGGCUAGCCUUCGUAUAGAUUUGCAGUAAACUAUUUAAACUUUUGUGUUAUCACUAAUACUCUUCUCUUUUGAAGUUAUUAUGAAUGUCUGCCUGUUCAUGAUUGGAACUUAAGAUUUGCAGACAUCACAAUUUGAACCAUAAAUUUUCUCAAUCCUCAGAUCAUUAUGAUCAACCCUUGUAAAAUAUGAAAUGAUCAUGUAUAAUAAUCCCAAAGCAAAUAAUUCCAAACCAUAGAGAAAUAACUACUGUAUUUUUAAAAAUCUUAUUCCCACUCAUUUGCAUGCUAUUAAUUUUUUUCUAAAUUAAAAGUAUGUGUUGUGCUGCAUUAAAAAUCUGCAGGAAAUAAUUGCUUAAAAUGUUUUAGGGCAAUAAGAAUUCUUAUUAUUUUCUUUGAAGAAUGGCUUGUUUUUACUGUUGAUUCCUUAUUAUAUCAUGAAAAAGCCUACAAUAGUUCAGCAAAAUACUUUAGAACUCAAUUUUCAUGGUUUAUUAGUUAUCUGGAUGAAUUACUUUUGCCUCAUGGACCAUGUGGCUAGUUCUCCAAAUGUUUUUUGUGUUUUUAAUAAACCGAGCCGUUCAACAAUCAGAGAGUCCUGUAUUUUGGAGGACUCUUCCAGUUGAGGUAGAAAGGUCUUAGAAAAUAAGAAAGGCAGAUGCACUGUCCUAACAUUUUCAUAGUAGAAUUUACAAAGAAUUUACCUAACUAGGCUCUCGGCAUUGUGUAGGAACAAUAUAAAUAGUGGCUUAAUUAAUCACUGAAUCAGAUGAAGCAGUUAUAAAUCAUGUUGUACUUUGCUCUAAAGAUUAUUGUAAUUUCAGACCACAUUAUUUUCUCUGAGCAGUUUCCAUUGUAAGGUUGAAUAUCUUCUUUAUUCAAAUCUUCACUAAAGAUUAUCAAAUAGGAGUUAAAAUACAUUAUGUUUGAUCUUUUUUCCCUGAAAAUAAUGGUGAACAUACUUUCUGCAUUAUGGAUAUUAGACAGAAAUGCACUUGUUUAAAUCAUAGCAGAAAUUACAUUUAGAGGAUGUAAUUACUUGAUUUUCUAGUGUGAAAUACUUUUUGAAAAAUUGUGCUUGUCUGUAACUGACAUGUUAAGUUGUAACACUCUAGGGAUUAUAGAGUUAUAUUUAUUAGCUCUUCUCCAGACAUUGAAGCACAAUAAUUUUCACCUAAGAAUUCUUAUCCAAGUGCUGCUAAUCUGUUGUGCAAAUAAUAAAGUUAUUUGGUUGCCUAUCUAGCUAUUCAGGAAUCACUGUAAUCCUUGAGACAUUGUCCUGUUGCUCAUUUGUAUUAAAAUUUGGGUGAUGUGGGCUAAUACUUUAGAACAAAAUCCAUCAAUUCAGCUCUGUUAGACAGCAAAGCAUUUGGGCUCACUAGUUUUUAUAUGUGUUAUCAGUAGAAUAAAUUUUGAAGGGACUAUUUACUACCAGUGACUAAGGGGGAAAAUUAUAUUGUCCGUAUCAUUUGACUUGAACAUUUGUGGUAUUGUGGAAGUCUUGUCUGUUGUGCUUCUAAAUUGCUUAAUCCAUACAUGCUGUUAAAGAGGGCUCUUUUGUUCUUUCCAACAGCCUUUUUCUGCUUUGUCUUUUAUGGUUAAUACUUAAUAGAUUUUAGAAAUUGAGAAGUUAUUGAAACACUUUAUUUUCUUGAGUUCAUGAGAUAUGUGAUUUGUCAUAAAGGAUAGCAAGCCUUUCACUAGCUACUUCACUAAAUGAAUUUCAGAGUAAACACUGUGAUUCACAGAGGAUUCAGUAGGCCCUUGUCUUUCAAUGUUUUCUUCUGUUGUGCAGUGCCUACCACCUUGAGGGCGCUUAAAUUCUAGCAGAAAGUUAAAAAUUGUUUUGAUGCUUGUUGAAUAACAUGAUUACAGAAUAUAUGAUUUUUGUUGUCAGUGUAUUGAAACAUUUUUGCAUUGAUAAAUGUUCUUUAGGAAUGUGAUUACGUUCAUCAGGUGUGAACUCUUGUAAAUGAAUUUUGUAUCCUGAAUCCACGUAUAUAUUAAGUGUACCAUCAAUAUAAAAAUAAACAUAUUUGCUUAAAGUUUUUGGUAAUUCUUCAAUAUGUUUAACAAUUGUGCUAAACUGUUAUGGUUUGCUUCUUUCGAAUAAUACUUAAGAUGCUUUAAACUAUCUUGGGGUUGUGGAAUAGACGGUAUUCUAGUUUGUAAAUUUCUUCUGCAUCCUAGUCUCUGCCCUGCUCGUGGUGGUCAGAGCUAGAACCCAUGGAGGGAAGGGGGUGUUUUCAGUUGAUUUAGGUGGACUCUGCUAACCCGUGAUUGAGCCUGGUGUUUGGUGUGGGACAAGAACAAGAGCUCCUUUAACGUGGGAAGCCUGGCAGAGGUCGGGUCCGGAAACUUGACAUCAGCUACUAAGUUGUAGUGCAAUCUCGAACAAGGCAGUUUACCUCCCUGGACGUUCUUCUUCUAUCCAAAGGAGACAGCCCAUUAUUUUAUAGUGAAAUUAAUGUGUGCCGGCGAGUUUUAAAAUAAUCAGAGUGCAAAUUAUAGUAAGGGUAUGAUUUUAGAAACUUCUCUCUCAGUUAUACAUUGUGUAUAUUGUUGCAAUUAUAAAAUGUAUAACCUACAGUAGGUCAAAAAGCACAUAAGUUAAAACGAGGUUCGAGAUCCCAGUACUAGUUCCUGGAGCCACAGGCUUCUGUGCGGGGAGGGAGGCACAGACUUUCAGUGAUUAUCUACUACAUAGCCUGGAGUACAGCGGGAAGCGGAAUGGAAGCUCCCUGUUGUCCUCUGAGGCUGGCGCGCAAGCCAAGCAGCCUUAACUAUGGCGAGGUAUCUAUCCAGCACAGCAGACGCUGGCUCAGCUGGACCAGUUAGGUUCUUUCCCCUUUGCCAUGAAGUUCCUCCCGCUUUUACCGCUCCGUACCGCCCCCUCAAAAAAAAAAAGGCUAUUCCCCGUCCAAGUUGUCAUCCACAGGACCCGCCUCUCGCUGACGUGGCAAACCGGCCGGAGCGUGGGCCCAACCUCGCGCUCGCG